AUGUUCGUUUUGUUCUAACUUAUGAAGAAAAAUAGGUAAGAAAAUACACUUGAAGAAAUUUAAUUUGCAGGUGUCCAGUAGAUACAAGAGAGGAAGGUGAGUGAGUAAGGGGCAGUUAUGAUCCGUUUUGCAUUGUUGCUGUUGAUUGGACUUGCAGUAGCUGCACGGCAAAAAAAUAGUAAACAACAGUGUAAAUCUGUCAAAACCAUAGACAUAUCUCUCAAUGAAAUUUUCUGUAACCAACCUGUCUUCCUCACAUUAGUGGAGAAGUUACCGGAGUGGGAACUAAUUGAUAAUGUCUGUGUAACCCUGUUCCCGUUGCCAGAUGAUCCCAGCACUUUCAUUAUCUAUUCCUCUCGAGUUUAUUGCGAUGGCUCCAACGAGGUUGUAACUACAAUUGCUACUGAUAUUACUACAGGAACAUAUCGAAGAGCAAAUCCUUAUUCUACUUUCACACAAUACGUGUUCGGAUAUGCAGGCUGUGAUACAUAUCUCUUAUAUAAUUGCCCGGAAUUUGGAGAGACGUAUUUGGAUCUCACUAUAUUCGGGACCUCCUACGAUUGCCGUCCUAUUGGCCUGUCUUGCUUACGGAAGAUCGAGGAGAUCGUCAUAGACAGUGGACUACCUUACCCGGAAUUCUACGUCCUACCGAUGAAGUUGCCUAAUCGGUGUGUGACACAGCAAGUUUGCACGUUACCACCAAACCCAUUCUCUAACGCAGUGUCAAAAUAUCGUAGCCCCAUAUUGUUCUAAAGAUAGUUAAGAUGAAAAAACUCUCACACGCUAUAAUGAAGCAGCGCAGUCGAAGUUGUGUGGGAGAGAAACAAAUCGUCGAAAUAUAGUAAUAAAUAACGAAUACUCCUAAAUUAACUUAAAAAUAAAAUAAAACAUUUGUUAUUGA